AUUCUCCUUUGCCUGUUUCAUCGCGUGUCUGUUUUGUAAAGUUCCAUGAUCCUGACUCAGCAGUUGUGGCCCAGCAUCUGACAAACACUGUAUUCGUUGACAGAGCGUUGAUAGUCGUACCAUAUGCAGAAGGUUUGUGAAUUGUUUAAUGGCCUAUGAAGCCACCAUAUGAUGGCAUUUUAUUCCAGUAUAGUUCACAAAAAUGAGGAUUAGUAAAAUGUCAAACAUGUAAGUUAUUAACAUUUUGAAACCCUUGGUAUAUUGCCAUUGGCCCAUGGAUUAUAUGAUUAUUUUUUUUACUCUAUUGACACUGAAGGGAAGUGGAAAGUUUACCUCUUACUGGUUUUGCCUGUCUUUAAGUUUAGAGUAUUAACAUCUUAGGCAGAAUUAUUUGCAAAUUUUGCUCUUUAUCAGUCUCAGUGAGACAUUUUCCUAAACAAAUUUACAGAAACAGGUCAACAUUUUAAGGAAAUUUUGCCUUAAUAAUUAAGUGUUUGCCACUUUGACAUAGGUGUAAAUCUCUUCAUGAGAAUGGUUUCUCCCUCCCUGAGAGUGCAUGGGAGAGUAGAUUAACAUUUCUUUGAGAAGCUGCCACUGUGUUUAGUUGGGAACUUCCUUGAAAAGGCACUCACUUUCAUUGUGAAUUCCAGUAUACCAAGGGUUUGAAUAAUUAUGGUUUAAAUUGAAAGUGAGAUCUUCCCAGAGGUGCCAAAUGGGCACUGGUAUUAGUUUUUUAUUCCAAGUUUUCUUGUUCAUCCUUGAUAUAUUUGAUAGAAUUUCACUAAAUAAUAAACUCUUCUCUCUGUUAUUUGUGUGUGUGAUUUUUGUAGUGGAGAAGGCAAAUGCAAAGCCCUUCCAGAUGACUGAAAAACAGUGGGUCCUCUGCAGCUACAGGGGAUUCUAGACAUUAACUAAAGGCCAGCAAGCACUCAAGUCCCCAAGUGUUUUCCUGGUGUAACCACUUGUUAACUACAUUUUCUCUUCUUCUUUUUAUUUUUACAUUUUAGGGUGUUACAGUAAUUUGAAAGGCAAUGAGCAGGGUUUUUGGAACUUACCUUAAAAACAAAGUGCUGAGAAGACACCUCUUCUUACAGAAGUCUUAUUAAACUCUUCUAGACUUGCUUUAGAAGUAACUGAUUUCCAUUGUACUGUUUCUUGAUUUACUUCUGAAAUAAUGGAUUUUCCCAGAUCGCUUGAAUUAAAUACAUUCUCUGCAGAUUAAGUCAUGUUACAGUAAUAAAUUUGGUACAUGGCCUGGGUUCAGACCUGUAAUGAAGACAUUGUAAUGCUGUAGGCUGUCUUUUGAGUCCUGGGGAGCUGUCUUAUCUCUGUAUUCUUUAAACUUAAAAGAUAUGAAAACUCAAUUUCUGGAACGUAGGAAUCUGCAGCAUGACCUUUGAUUGAGAUGUGCUGCUUUUUGAGAGUAUAGAACACAUUCUGAAAUUGCCAUUGAGUUACUGCUUCUGCUAGUUUAGGUAUAAUAACAUAGCUGAAAGGUAUCUUGUCCUCGUCUUUGUAUUAUAGCAUGAUAUAGCAGCAGUCCAUCUGAGUUAGUACAAAAUACUCUCCAAGGCCCAUGGUGAAGAUUGUUAGUGUUUAACUUUUCCAAUAAGGAUAAAACCAUUUUUCUCUUUGUCAGUCUGAUUUUGUCCAUUGUGCUUGAUGGUGGAUAAAUCUGGCACAUAGACAAAUCUGCCCAGUAGUUUUGUUUCAGAUUGUGUAAAGAAAAUAAUAAAGUAGAAUAUUUUAAUGGGCCUGUUUAAAUCAAGGAGUUCCUCAUGGGCUGUUUCUUGUGGUGGUCUAGCAGAUCACAAUGUUGAUGUUUUUGGCAUAAUGAUGUGGCGUAUCACAAGAGAUAAUGUUCAGCCCGUAAAGUUAUGCCCCCUGGUUUUGUAAUUAUAUGCUCUUGUCCCUGUGCUGGAGUAUAGUUUUCCCUGCAAAUGCAUUCUGCCAGGGUCCCAAUUCAACAAGCUAUUUAAGCACAAUACAGCAAGGUUCUUAAAACUAUAAUGAAAUUGCUCAUGUGCUUAAAGCCAGGCAUAUGCUUAAUUACUGUGCUGAACUGGGCCCUUUUAUCUUUUAUUUUCUACUGUGAUAAUUCUGUAUUAAUAUUGCCUGUCACUAAAGUGAAUGUUUAUUAUCUGUUUAGUGCAAUAAUUAUCCCCUAUAUCACAAGCGCACUCCAGUUUUAGCAUACACAGACAUUUUGGUGUUGGCUGUUGCUUUGUGUUAUAGAACUAUACACAAAGUCUACGGUAAGGUUUAGUAUUUGUAAUUUUCACUGUGAUAUUCCUAGAUUUGGAAGGAACUCUUAAGAUUAAAGAUGGCUGGGGGGGUAUUUAGGUUCUUUGGUUAAUGUUUGUUUCUUUUGUCUGUUUCUUUUUCUUUCAUUUCUACACAUUCAUGCAGUAUUUCAUGGUUCUAACAAAGCAGCAGUAAAAAAAACUUGAAGCAUGAAAAUUAACUGUUCUUUUCCCUGGUUCAGCCUGAACUAUAUACCAGGCCCUGCUGAAAAUACCACCCAACAGUUUUCUUCUGCAGCUUAUCCAGUUUCUCUUAAGUGCCCUGUACAUAUUGUAUGUUUUAUGAUGAGAUGCAGUUUCUUAAUAUGUAUUACAGAAACACUACUGGUAUUUGCAAAUAUAUAGUAAAAUUGUUUUAUUGAACUCUCAUUCUGGGGGCUUGGGCACAUUAACAAAUUAAUCCAUCUGUAUAGGGCUUUUGCUGUUGGAUAGAAUAAAAAUACCUACAUAAUUACUUGUUUUAUAGUAGGACCCUUAAAAUAUGUGCAGAGCAGGCAGUAAAAUAAGACACUUGUCUUAGUUGGCUGCAAGAUUUUGGGCCAGAAGUUUCUUCUGAAAUGGCAGUAUGUAGCAGCAUUCUUGGUACAAUAAGCAUGGCACAUAUUGGAACAAAUGCAUUUUACUGCACAGGUAAGGAAUGUGCCACGAUAUACUGUAUGUAUGCACCCAGCCACCCACAGACACACAUACACAGCGUGUAUUUGAAGAUCUGCAGAGACCUUCAUUUUCAUUUGACAAGUCAGCAAAAGCCCUACGCUUGAUUCAACAAAAAAUAUUUCCAUACCUUCUCUUUAAGUUUUACAAAAUUUAUAUGGUAGGUUAAAAGAAAACAUAGUGAACUGUACCAUAUUAUUAACCCCUAAAUCAAACUUUUUUUGUCUUGUGUAUCUUGAUUUUUCUGUGUGCUUUAUAGUGAAGCAGCCGACACGAGUCGUUGUUCAUAAAACAGCUUUUGAAAGUUGAGAGCACACCCCUGGAGAACCGACUGUGCUUGCUUACGUUUGGUUCAUGACUUAAAAAUCGAGUACAGGUGAUGAAAUCUUGGCAGUGUUAACAAAAAAGUAGUGUGUAUUGUGCUAUUUUUUUGCUCUAGAAACUUAACCAUUUGUAGAGAAAAAGGAACAGUCAAAUUUUCACACAUUGAAGUUUCAUUCUGACAAAAAAAUUAAUGAUAAAUAUUAAUAGACAUCAAGCUUUGUAUUUUAGCCAACAUAAGUACUUUCAACAAACUCAGGUGGUGUAUCAGGGAGACAUUUUCUGGGUGUAUUUGUGUAUUUUCUGCCUUUGAAAUGGAAUGCGUUCUAAUGCAAGGCUAUUUCUCUGCAGGAGUUAUUCCUGAUGAGACUAAGGCUUUGUCUCUCUUGGCACCAGCUAAUGCUGUGGCAGGUCUGCUGCCUGGAGGUGGACUCCUGCCUACUCCCAACCCACUUUCUCAGAUUGGUGCUGUUCCUUUAGCUGCUUUAGGAGCUCCUGCUCUUGAUCCUGCCCUAGCUGCUCUUGGGCUUCCUGGAGCAAAUUUAAACUCUCAGUCUCUUGCGGCAGAUCAACUACUAAAACUUAUGAGCACAGUGGAUCCAAAGUUGAACCAUGUAGCUGCAGGUCUUGUUUCACCAAGUCUGAAAUCAGAUACCUCGAGCAAAGAAAUAGAAGAAGCUAUGAAAAGAGUACGAGAAGCACAGUCAUUAAUAUCUGCUGCUAUAGAGCCAGACAAAAAAGAUGAAAAACGAAGGCAUUCAAGGUCAAGGUCACGCUCAAGGAGGAGGAGGACACCUUCUUCAUCUAGGCACAGACGGUCAAGAAGCAGAUCAAGGAGAAGGUCCCAUUCAAAAUCAAGAAGCAGGAGGCGAUCCAAAAGUCCAAGGCGAAGAAGAUCUCAUUCCAGAGAGAGAAGCAGAAGGUCUAGGAGCACAUCCAAAACCAGGGAUAAAAAGAAGGAAGAGAAAGAAAAGAAACGUUCUAAAACUCCCCCCAAAAGCUACAGCACAACUAGACGAUCAAGAAGCACAAGCAGAGAAAGACGACGUAGAAGAAGCAGGAGUGGAACACGGUCACCUAAAAAACCUAGGUCUCCUAAAAGGAAAAUGUCCCGGUCUCCAUCUCCGAGAAGACAUAAAAAGGAAAAGAAGAAGGAUAAAGACAAGGAGAGAAGCAGAGAUGAGAGGGAGAGGUCAACAAGCAAGAAAAAAAAAAGUAAAGACAAAGAGAAGGAUCGAGAACGAAAAUCCGAGAGUGACAAGGAUGUGAAACAGGUCACAAGGGAUUAUGACGAGGAAGAGCAAGGAUACGACAGUGAGAAGGAGAAAAAGGAAGAAAAGAAAAUGGUGGAUUCUUCCUCUCCUAAAGCAAAGGAGUCUGCCGCUGAUAAAGGCAGCGGCGAUUCAGCAAGGGAAUCCAAAGUCAACGGGGAUGAUCAUCAUGAAGAGGACAUGGAUAUGAGUGACUGAAUUUUGCCUUUGCAGUGAACAGAGCUGCAGACGUGCAUCAGUGUCAUUCCUGUGUGAUUCUUUUAUGCUGUACUUGUUAAUCCUAAAUCUAGAUGUAUACAGCUCUGAGCUAUACAUGGUUUGUAAAUCUCCUGAUACUAACUCACAUCAAAAGCUUUAUAGAAAGGUAACCAUUCUUGUUCUGGCCAAAAGGGAUUGCGUAGCCAAGCGAUUUUUACUAACUUGGUGAUGCUUCAAGCAAAAGUAAAAAGCUGCAUGCAUCUACAGCAGGCAUGGACUGUUUGUUGUAUGAUCUCCUUUAGUAAAUCAGCUCACUUAUGAUAGUGUUUCUAGAAUUUGAUUCAUUGCAGUAAUAGAGCAGUAUAGGGAAUGCACUGACUGCAUGUUGAUUGUGGCAGAAACAUCCUACAUGUUCUAAAGUCCUACAACAUACGGUGGAUCUACUUAAAGGUCUUAAGUGUGACUACACAAAGAAAUUUGACAGUACAUCUGAAAAUAAGCGUUCUGAUAUAGCUAGGGUUUUUUUGUUUUGUUUUGUUUUUUUACGCCAUGUGGCUGGGGUUAGUUUGUUUGUUUUGGUUUUCCCGGUGGGUUUUGUUUGGCUUUGACAAAGUUAAAAUGCACUAACCUUUUUGAGGGCUUUUGGGUUUUUUUAAUCUGUCAGUUGAAAUCCAUCUCAGGAGACUCGUAAUAGUUUGUAACUUUUCUUCUUGAGCCUUGGGAAGUAAAAAUCUCUGCUCAGUCAGUGCCCAGUCAUUAAAGGUUGAUUUGUGCCGUUUUCAUAAUCCAGGUCGUGUUAUUUGUUAAUGAGCUAAACACAUUGCAGAAAGGUAGUGCAUUUUAAGAUUGACCUUCAUAUGCUUUUAAAAGCAAGUCUACUUGAUAAUGUACUUUUUACUUGAUCUCAAGUUGUACAAACUAAUGAAUUUGUGUUUACUGUCACUGCAGUAGUAAUCUUAUGCACACAGUGAUUCCAUGUUAUAUGCAAAGUAGUUAGGCAAGCUGUUUUCUUAGUUACAGAAGUUCGAGAGCUUUUACUUUUGUGCAGGUAAAAAAACAAAAGUAGGCUACAGUCUGUGCCAUGUUGAUGUACAGUUUAUGAAAUUGUUUUACAAAACUUUGAUAAUAAAACCCUUAAACUUA